AUGAUCGGUGUAGAGCCACAUUAUUUAUAUAUACCCACAACCUGUGAGGUUUCCGAGACAAUUUACUAUGUGAAUGUUUACACAAUCAGCAUGCCGACCUUCCUGACUCCAGGACGGCAUGGCUACAGUGUCAGGUUUUCAAGAACGAGGCCUGAUGCUUUAGCAGUGGCCACUAGUCAGUAUUAUGGGCUAGCAGGUGGCGGCACAUUAUUUUUCCUUGAGAUCGCACCGGAUGGGAAUACAGUUUUGGAACUGCAGAAACUGGAAUGGUCUGAUGGUUUGUUUGAUGUUACAUGGUCCGGUACGUCAGAUGGCGUGGCCGCGUGCGGCUCUGGAGAUGGGACGAUCAUUGUGUGGCGCGUUGGGUGCGCCGCCCCGUUGAGAGUGUUGCGCGCGCACCACAGCGAAGUCUGCUCAGUCGACUGGCUGCGGGCGCACCUGCUGAGCGCUAGCUGGGACACUACCGUCAAAUUGUGGGAUCCCGAAUCCGAGACAUGUCUAAACACAUUCGCGGGUCACUCCCAGUUGGUGUACACCGCGGCAUUUUCGCCUCAUUCACCGGCCACUUUCGCUUCGGUGUCUGGUGAUGGACAUCUCAAGCUUUGGUCUUGCACGGAGCCAUCGAGACCCGCGGCGGUUGUUAAGGCGCAUGAUGCUGAGGUGUUAUCGUGUGAUUGGAGCAAAGCAGAGAGUCAUGUCUUAGCGACGGCUGGGUCAGACGGGCUAGUCCGGGGCUGGGAUUUAAGGAGACUCACGGCACCAAUGUUCACGCUUAAAGGAUGCGAAUGUGCAGUGAGAAGAGUACAGUUUUCGCCGCACGCGCCCUCUGUAGUUGCCGCCGUGUCCUACGACUUUACAACCAGAUUAUGGGAUUUGAAGCGCGGCUGCGACCCACUGGAAACGAUAAGACACCACUCGGAGUUCACAUAUGGCCUGGACUGGAACACGUUGCGACCCCACCAGCUGGCCGACUGUGGGUGGGACUCGCUGGUUCAUGUCUUUACGCCGAGGUCGCUGGUCUGA